AUGCUCAAAUCUGUUAUUAACUUAACUGCCUUCGUGUCCGCGAGAAAUUCAUCGAGAAUGACGAGUGUACACAGUGCGUAUAAGGAGGAGGUGCAUGACGUGCCGAUGUCGGUCAUCAUCAGGCCAUUCAUACCAGAACUUACGGAAGAAAAAGUUGUCUCGCUUAUGGAAACGAUACAGAAAGAAGAAGAGGCAGGCAACGUACCUCCCAUAGAUAUCCUCUGGAUCAAGGGUUCAGAGGGAGGAGACUAUUACUACAGUUUCGGAGGCUGCCACAGGUACGCCGCCUACAAACGUCUGAACCGACCGACCAUUCCUGGCAAACUGAUCAAAUCCACCAUCACCGACCUUAGAACGUAUCUUGGAAGUAGUACACCAGACUUGAAGUAA